UUUGAUGAGCCUGAAACUUAAGUUGUGAGAUUAAGUGAUUUGAAUCCAUACCCCGGUCAGUGAGGUCAAAGAGGAGUCAAAAUCAGAAAGGCUACUUCACCGAGAGUAAAGAACCAUUCAUUCAUUUAAAUAAUAAUACUCAGCAAUAAAGACGUCCUCCUUAUCUUUACUCUACAUAAGGAGUACAUGAAGGCGAGUAGGUAGGAAACAAGAGAGAGUAGUUCCGAAUAAUGACUUGGCCAGGUAAUUAGUGAUAUUUGGCCUAUUUGCAAAAUGGAGCUAAAUAUGAGGGUGAGUGGAAGGAUAACAGAGCGAAUGGCAAUGGUAAAUUCUGGCAAUUAGACAUCAACACUUGUAGGUUUAUUUAGUUUUUACUAGACGAAGGAGAAUGGAAGGAUGAUAAGACACAUGGCAAUAACAUAUAUAUGCAUGUUAAUGGAGCUAAGUGUAAAGGAUAUUGGAAGAAUGAUGUACAAUGGAAUUGAAAUAUGGGCAAAUGGUAAUAAGUAUGAAGGAUCUUAUGUUUUUGGCAAAAAAGAAGGGUAAGGAAAAUACUAUUGGCCAGAAGGAAAUUAUCAUUAAGGAGAUUGGAAAGAGAAUAACAUAAAUGAUCAUGGUACAUAUGCAUGGUCAGGGAUACUAUAAAUGGAAGGAUGGGUGAUCAUAUUAAGGAGAAGUUGUUCAAGAUAGAUUUGGAGUCUAUGUUUGGGAGGGUGGAAGAAAAUACGAAGGAUAUUGGGAGAAUGGUAAAUAUUAUGGAGAAGGAUAUUAUUAAGAAUUACAUGGGAGGGUGAAGAGAGGAUUAUGGGAGGAUGGCAAAAGGAUUAAAUGGUAAGAUGA